CAGAAUCAGAAUUUAGGCCGAGCUCCACUGAACGGGAUUAGAUCGAAUGCUUAUCCAUUUUUAACGACGUGAGAACGUAGGCAAUGACAAGCUGAAUGUUUAAUGGCUCAAAUGUAGCUUCAGUAUCUAAGGCCACUGAGAGUUGAAUACAAUCUGCUGCAUAGAAAACCAAAUAACUUCCUUCUUACACAUAGGAAACGGAUAACAGCAUUUAGGAAAUCGCUGUACAUGUCACAACUGAUAACCUUCUAAGCAUGUGCCAAUAAUUGCUUGUUGAGUUGUAGUUAAUUCUGUGUGUAUUUUAUAAAAUUCCUGCUUGCUUAUCGAAAAUGGAUUUGACCAGGAAUUGUCUUAUGUAACAUGUUCCAUAAACAGGAUUAUCUGAAAGUGUAAAAACUGGAGCAGGUUUAGAGAUUAAAACCUGAGAUGGCCUACCUCACUCUUUUCACCACAUAGAUGUAUUAUGUAUCACUCGCAUAUCAACUUCCCUCCAAGUCAUUUGACACCCAAGCUUUAAAGGUGAAGCCAGGCAACCAGGAUGACUUGCAUGCCACUUAAGAAGCAGACAAACAUCAAGAGGACAUCAAAACUCAGAUCAUGACUUUCAUAGCCAAGACGUUUUAUGACCUGCGUGCUACCACGCUGGAAGGGCAAUCUAUUGACUUUAAUGUCUACCGAGGCCGAGUGGUACUUAUCGAGAAUGUGGCAUCACUAUGAGGCACCACCACCCGGGACUACAGCCAGCUCAACCAGCUUCAGAGCAGGUAUCCGCACCGGCUGGUGGUCCUGACCUUCCCCUGUAAUCAGUUUGGCUACCAGGAAAACUGCCAAAAUGGAGAGAUCCUGAACUCUUUGAAGCACGUACGACCAGGCGGAGGGUUUGAGCCUUUGUUCACUGUAUUUGAGAAGUGCGAUGUGAACGGGGCUAACGUGCAUCCUGUCUUCGCAUACCUGAAAGACAAACUUCCGUACCCUGACGAUGACCCGGUCUCUCUUAUGCAGGACCCCAAGUUCUUAGUGUGGAGUCCUAUCAGCAGGACUGAUAUCUCAUGGAAUUUUGAGAAGUUUCUGAUUGGCCCAGAGGGCGAGCCUUUCAAGAGAUACAGCAAAAACUUUGAGACCAUUAACAUAGAACCCGACAUUCAAAGGCUACUGAGGCUGACCAAAACCUAAUCAAAUCAGGUGCCUCAGAAUGUAGCUUGUCUCAUUGUAAGUACCACUGUGCGCUCCUCUACCUUUUCUUAUUUUACUUAAUGAAGUUGAUGCUCUAAAUGUAUGGAGUCUUAACUGAGGUGGUGUAAAUAUAAAAAAAAGACAUGUAGAGGAUGCUAACAGAGAUGUACUGAAAGGAAUGAUUUAAUAAAAUAUAAAGUCUUACCUGUAA